AUGGUGGAACUAAGAUGCAAAACAAAGAAGAAAAUACUAACAGCCAAGUCAGCUAGGCUAAAAGAUCAGCUAAAAGAAACAUACACAAUACAAGACAAGGAAGUUAAGAAAAGUGCACGAAAGGACAUGAAAGAUUACGUUGACAAGCUUGCGCAAGAUGCAGAAAAUACUGCCUCGAAACAAGACAUGGGGGCAUUAUAUCGCAUUACAAAAUCUCUGAGUGCAGGAUUUAAAAGCACAGAUACACCAGUGCGAAAACAAGAUGGAGUAUUGGCCUCUAGUAUAGAAGAAGAGCUUAUCUGUUGGAAAGAGCAUUUUGAAAGGGUAUUAAACCAGGAAUGUCUAUCAACAGAACAUGCUGAAAUUAUUGAAGCUAUAGACACUUUGGACAUUGAUACCAACACACCAACAAUUGAGGAAGUAAAACAUGCCAUCAAACUUCUUAAGAAUGGGAAAGCCCCAGGGAUCGAUCAAGUACAUGCAGAAAUGUUAAAAGCUGAGAAAGUAUUAACACCCAGACUUCUCACAGAUAUCCUGCAAACUAUUUGGCAGACAGAAACAGCACCAGAUGAUUGGAAGGUUGGUCUCAUGGUGAAGCUGCCGAAGAAAGAAGAAAGCAAUGAAAGGAAUGCUACGUUGUAUGCCAAUUCCAUCGACUUUGCCAAAGCAUUUGACAGUAUACAUCGUCCUGCUUUAUGGAUGAUCCUCAGACAUCAUGACAUCCCUAACAAGAUCAUAUCCAUCAUUCAGAUGCUUUACAAGGACUUCCAGGCAAAGGUGAUCUGCGGCACAGAACUAACAGAAAGCUUCCCAAUCCAAACUGGGUCAUUAGAAGAUCUUGACUUUGCAGAUGAUAUCGCAUUACUAUCACAGCGAUACAAAGAUAUUCAAAGCAAAACUGAUGACCUGGUCAAGUAUGGCAGACAAAUUGGACUUAAGAUAAAUGUAAACAAAACAAAGCUAAUGAAGAUAAAUACAAAGAUAGGUAAAGAAGUCACAGCAAACAACAACAGAAUAGAAGAAGUAGACAAUUUUAUAUACCUUGGCAGUAAGAUCACAGCCAAUGGAGAUUCCACCAUGGACGUAGAAAAUAGAAUUUCAAAAGUCCGUGCCAUCUUUGCCAAGCUACGGAACAUCUGGAAAUCCUCAAUUAUCAGAUCCAAAACCAAAAUAAGGAUAUUCAAAACAAAUGUCUUUGGAGUCCUUCUCUAUGGAUCUGAGUCAUGGAAGGUGACAAAGAACAUCUCGCAAAAACUGGAUACCUUCCAAACAAGAUGUCUCCGUAGAAUACUCAAGAUAUUCUGGCCAAACAAGAUCACCAAUGAGGAGUGUAUGAAAGAACACACACAGCUGCUAUAUCUGACAAGAUUAAAGAAAGACGAUGGAAAUGGAUUGGCCAUGUGA